AUGUCCGACCAGAAUGGAUCGUACAGCCAUGCACAUCUCGAAAUGCCUCCAUACUCAAACAUCCUUAACCCUUCAUUUCUCGUCCCACUCUUCGCCUAUUUCAUGGGCUUUCAUUUCGCUAGUCAAAUUGUGAAGACCUUCAUGUGGCGAGACUUUACAGGUUUCAAAGCAUAUCGGCUGCAAAAUCUUUCCAUAUGUCUUCUUCAUUCAAUGAUUUCUGGCAUAUGGACAACUGUAUUCUUUUUCACUCACACCAAAGAGAUGUUAGGAGAUCUUACCCAUUGGUAUGAACCAUGGGCCUCUCAGCUGCCACUUAUUUCUAUAGCUUAUUUCAUGCACGACGCGUUGGAUAUGCUGAACCACGAAUGGUCGCGGUGGACAAUGGAAUUGCUGAUUCAUCACGUAGCUACCUGCUUUGCUAUGACUCCUCCAAUUCUGGCUCGGAAAUUCCUUUUAGCCAACUAUUGGGCUUUACUUAUGGAAGGCAAUAGGUUGGUGCUUUUCGCGAAGCUGCGUUCAGACCAUUGGACUCUGCACUUGAGAAGAACAUGUGGAGAAGAUUAG